UACAAGUCAUUUCACCGAUACACGCGAUCGAGAACGGAUGGGUUUUAAUUAACGCAAAUCACAGACCUCAUUAAUACGAAAUAAAGGAGUCUUACUAUCGAGUUUUUCUGUGAAUUUCUGUUGUUUAUUGUUAAUUAGUGCAAUUGUCUGCGCGAUAAGAGAAGUGUCAGUCUGUAUUGGGAUGUACUUAGCAUGCUUAGAUACUGAAGACAGAGCCAGUGCAUUUUUACAAUGUAGGACUCUGGCCUUGAUCGUUUGUUUAUAUAUGGAAUAUACUUAUUAACUCUAUGACUUUAAUUGAAUAAAACCAACAUGCAGGACAAGAUAGUGUCGUGUUUUGGGACGGGGUGUGAUGAGAGAUUUCAGUGUUAUCAGUCAGCGGAGGACGCCAAGAAAGCCAAACAGAGGAACAAACAGAUUAGUAAACUACUGAAACAGCACCAGAAGGAGGAACUCAAACGGCUCAAAAUACUGCUCCUAGGCACGGGUGAGUCAGGAAAGAGCACCAUAUCAAAGCAGAUGAGAAUCAUUCACAUCAAUGGCUUUACAAUGAGAGAACGACUGGAAAAAAUAUGUGAUAUUAGAAAAAACAUCAAAGAAUCGAUUGUGGUGUUGCUUUUGGCAAUGCAUCAACUCGACAUUCCAUUGGAAAAAGAAGAAAGUAACGGGAGCCGAGAUUUUAUUCUGAGGGAGGCGGGUAACCCUGACCUUCACAGAACAAGUGAAUUUCUGGACCACGCAGACAUGUUGUGGGCGGAUGCUGGGGUUCAGGCCUGUUACAGCCGAUCACACGAAUUCCAACUGAUCGACUGUGCUAAAUACUUCCUGGAUAAACUCCACGAAAUCAAAAGUCCCGCUUAUGUGCCCUCAGACCAGGAUAUUUUGAGGUGCCGUUGUGUGACCACCUCUAUCCAGCACAUCGAGUUUGAGGUCCCGGAUGGAGGGAACCAAAUUAAAUUUAAUGUGUACGACGUCGGUGGACAGCAAGGAGAACGUAAGAAGUGGAUCCAAGUGUUUGACAGUGUGACCGCCAUUUUAUUUGUUGUGGACUGUAGCAGUUUCGAUCAGACACUUCGUGAGGAUCCAACUAAAAAUAGACUUUUAGAAGCUUUGGAGAACUUUGACCAAGUCUGGAACAAUAGAUUUCUUCGAUACGUUUCUGUGCUUCUCUUUAUAAACAAAAUAGACAUUUUAGCUGACAAGAUCGCCAGAGGGCGCGACAUCUCAGAGCUUACCAAGAAGUACCCCGACAUCUUCCCAGACUUCGACAAAUUCAAUCCCUCAAAUGCUGAGAAACUGCAGUUCUUAGAAGCUUUUCCAUCCACCGAUUCCGAACCAAGGAAAAAAUCCCGUACAACGUCUCGUCCUGAUGUCCAUCCUGACACAGUUAAAACAGCCGUCUACAUUAAGCAUCUAUUCAUGAAAAUCGUGAAAGGAGAACUUAACCUGAAAAAAAGAAUUUCAAAGCAGGAAAGAAACUGGCACGAUGAACAUAGCUGUGAAUAUUUCUACACAUGCGCAAUUGACACAAAUAAUGUUCAGCGUGAUGAAUGGUUGCCGAACACUCAUUAUACAAAAUCAUCUGAGAAGAUUCGGCAUCAUCUGAUUUACAUGUUACUUUACCCUGCAGAUAAGACAGGUAUCCAUGCUUCCGACUUUGUGAUAAUAACUCUAGUCAGACGGUGAGUUUGUGACUGUCCUGUUAAUACUCGUUCCAGGAGAGGUUUUAUAUUUUAUGCUGCGGAAAUGACUUCUUAAUGACUUAAUAUUCGUCAUCAAUUACCCAGACAAUUUUUUUUAAAUUUCAUGCUGCGGAAAUGACGUCUUAAUGACGUAAUAUUCGUCUCAAUUACCCAGAUUUAUGUAUAUCUCGUGAGAUCCUGAGUUACGGAGACUGGGAACUAUUUAAAUAUGUCUCCUAUAUUUUAUUAUAUCAAUAUUUUAACGUUUGAUAAUAUAUAAUGAGUCUUUCUAUAUCCAUGCACGUAUGUUACAUAUAUACAGUGUAAAUAUAGUUGAUUUUAAGAUUAUUAUUUUCAGACAUUUUAUGAUCAUGUUACGCUGUUUUAAUAAAACAAUGAAAUAUUAA